UUAUUUUGUGUCUUUUUAUGGUCAUUUUAUGUCUUUUUUUGUCAUUUUUAUGUCUUCUGUGGGUUUUUUUUGUGGUUAUUCUGUCUUCUCAUUUUGUGUCUUUUUUGGUCAUUUUGUGUCUUUUUCAAGACAUUCAAAGAUUUUGAAUACUUAAAUAUCAUCUUUGCCAUUUUUCAUGUGCUAAUGUGCCCCUCUGAUUAAACACUGGCCCCUCCUUGGCCCCCACAGUAAAACUGGUCUAGAACCGCCACUGAUUCUGUUUUUAUCAGGGUAAAUAUCCUCAUGUUAGCGCACUGAGCUUGGUGUUACGGCUAGUGUGAGCGCCUCGGCCAUCUCCAUGGAAACACACUCUCUGACGUUUGCCUUCUUGACACACCUUUUGUUGUCUCGGCUAGCUAGAUUCGGCUAACAGUUGCUAGCCAGCAUCAUCCGCAUCGACUACCCGCCAGUUGGGGCAAAAAUAAUUACUAUAAAGCCAAAAGGGAGCCGAGAAGUGACGGCCGACACCCUGCCAGGAUGAGUGGUGAUGACUUGAACCCAGCUGCCGUGGCUCAGCCUGUAGGAGAUGUACAAGGAGAUGACCGGUGGAUGUCACAGCACACAAGAUUUGUGCAGGAGUGUAAGGAUGCUGAACCAGACGUGCUUUUUGUGGGGGAUUCUAUGGUACAACUAAUGCAGCAGUAUGAGUUCUGGAGGGAGUUAUUCUCUCCUCUUCAUGCACUCAACUUUGGCAUCGGAGGGGACACCACCUGUAACGUGCUGUGGAGGCUGCAGAAUGGAGAGCUGGAGAACAUCCGUCCCAAGGCGGUGGUCUUGUGGGUAGGAACCAACAAUCACGAACACACAGCAGAACAAGUUGCAGGAGGGAUUCUUGCCAUCGCGCAGCUGCUCACCUCCCGACUCCCCAAGGCAAAGAUAGUUGUUCUGGGUUUGCUGCCUCGAGGGGAGCGCCCCAACCCUCUGAGAGAGAAGAACGCGGCGGUGAACGGGUUCCUGCGCUCCUGGCUCCCCCGGCUGGCUCAGGCCCAGCUCCUGGAUGUGAGCGGGGAGUUUGUUCACUCUGACGGAGCGAUCAGCCCACAGGACAUGUUUGACUUCCUCCACCUGACGUCGACAGGUUACCGAUCCGUGGCCAAGCCCCUCACCGACCUGCUGCUGCAGAUACUGGAGGAGACGCCAGAGGAGAGACGGGCGUCGCUGGUUUGAGGGCCGUGGCCCAGCAGUACAUGCAUCCAGAGGCAUGUCUCACCCGCUGACGGGGGAGACAUGUCCCUGGUGUCUGCAGGAGGAAGGGCUCACUCAUCGGGGUGAGAUGCACCCUGGUGGGGCCCCGGAGGGUUGUGGGAUCACAUUCAUGAGCGGAGGGUUGGGUGUGGAGAGGUGCUGAGGAGGGAGAGAGACCUCACUACAGACGUAGACACUGUGAUUGCAAUUGUAACCUCUAUUGCAAAAGGAUUUAUCAAGGUCAGACUACUCUGAAUCACAGGCAGAUAUACUGAGGGACCAGGGUGGCACACAUACAAACAGAUUCAUCUUGUUUCCCUCUGUCACCUGUGCCACAGAGAUAUGAUACAAAUACAAUUUCUUCCUCCAUGUUUUGCUUGAUGUCAGCAAAACAGUUAGCUCUGCAGCCGCUCUAUUAAACGCAGUGCACUCACAGUAGGCAAAACAUUAACAACACUGUACAAUGUUGUGCGUCUGACCAGUAUGCUGCAGAGUGAUGGUUCCCAACAUGGGGUACAGGGCCCCCCAAAGAUGUCACAGGAAAAAUGUUAGGGGUCAAAAGAUAAUCUUCCAAGAGAAUAUUUUAGUUUUACUAUAUUCUGUUUACAUUUUAUCUCUCUUCAGGCCAAAUUAAAACAAUUUGAGAGUUCUUCAGAGGUAUACUUUGCAGGAAUUUCCAAAAAUACAAUGCAAAAUAAAAAAUAAUCCCUCUCAAUAACCACUUAUUAUUAUUAUUUUUGUUGCUGUGUUUCUGGGUGUCACUGUUCAAGCACAAAGGUAUAUGAAUAUAGCAGACACAGAGCAGAAAAAGGCGGAAUGCCAAGCAAUCAAAGUUUGUUCCAACACAAGAAUGAAUCCAGAUGCUUUCACUCUCAUUGAGUCGUGGAGGAGGGGCCAAGUUAUGUUGUGUUUACGAACCGUAAGAUGAAACUCCUGCACAGUGUGCCUUUAAAGGUCCACUAGUGAAAAAGGUUGGGAACCAUUGCUACGGAGCAGCUGAGAUGCACACUAUGAAUCACAGUGAGUAGUAUUUACAAAAGAAUUCUCACUGACAAUUUUGCUUAAAGCAUAAUCCAGUGAAGCAAAUGCCAUUUAAAUAAUUUACAAUUACUAUGAUAAAAUAUUGUCUGUCCAGUUGUGUACUAUUUCCUAUACUUAGCAAAACAUGGAGCACUUAGUCUGCUAAAACUUCCUAAAGUUAGAUGUCUUUUAAAAUCAAUAUGAAAUAGAUCAGCGUAUAUCUGGAUAAUUCUCCACAGACCACACAUACAGCUGAUUACUACUUCAUUCCUGUUGAACCGUCACUGAACUAGAUGUUCAGCUGCAUGCAUGUUUAAAGCCUCAGCUCUGCUGUAGAAAGUCAGGCAAGGCUUCUGUGUUAAAUGAGUGAAUAUCAAUUCAGAAUCAUGUAUUCAUACGUAUUGAUUAGUGAAGUUAUGCAGCUAUGGUAGGUCUUCCAAACAUCCCAACCCUGCUGUGUACAUGCAAAACUUCUAUCGCAUCAAGUAUAUUUACAUGUAACUUGUACAGUUUCUCCAUUUGAAGAAUCUAACGUGACAUUUCAUUUUAAUGUCUAAAAACAUUACACAUUGCAAACGUUUUGCAGACCUGCCAGGUUUUUAAAUUGUGCUCCAAGCAACUUCAUGACUGCCUCAUGCACAUUUGUUGACAUUUUUGAAUAGAAAAAAAAACUUCAGUGAUAAUCCAGCGUUGUGAUGAUUGUGUGUGCACUGUCAUUAGUUUUGCAGUGCACCUGAUUUUAUUUUUCAGAACAAAACAAAAGUUAAAGCAGUCCAGUGGUUUUCACAUCAGCUCCAGUCUUCCUCAGGCCUGUCACCAUAGCUACAUUUUCACUAGACGAUACAUUGUCCCAGAAAAAAAAAUCCAUAAAUGAUAUUAUGGUAAUUUUAAGACGGUUCAGUGCCACUGGUAUAAUAUUAAAUGAAUGCAAGUACAGUGGAACUGAUCCAGAAAGAAGAUGACAGGAGCAGAAAUGAUGGAAAAAUGUGUCUCAGCAUGUUUUUAUAUAACCCUGAUUCCAAAAAAGUUGUUGAAUUUAGUACAAAUAUCAGAUACGUCAUGCUCAAACUGGAACACAUGUUUUUUUGUAAAUAUAUACUCUCAUUCUGAAUUUGAAUUUUAUGCAUUCUGCUUUAGACAGUGUCACAUUUUUUUUUAAAUUCAGGGUUGAAUUAUAAUGGCUGUUUGUGACAUCAUGUUGGCUAAAAUGCUGGUGACAGUCUGAGUCCAAAAAAGUCAGCACAUUGUCUAAAAUGUAAAUAAAACUGAAUGUGCUCAUCCUUUAUGAUAUAUUCAAUUAAAAACUGUACAAAGACAGUUUAUUUGAUAUUCAGAAUGAUUGUUUUUGUAAAUAUAAACUUCUCAAUUUGAUGUUUUGAUCUGUUUCACACAGCGUCCCAACUUUUCUGGAAUCAGGGUUGUAAACAAACAACACUUACAAUAUUUGGACACAUUUGAUAACUUGAUAAGUGGAUAUUGUGAUUAUGGUGACAGUCCUAAUCUUCCUGAUUACACAUCACACUGCUAAUCAUACAAAGACUUAUUCUUUAUAUCAAAGUACAGAUUGAUUGGUUUCUUUCUGUCUUUAUCUCACACUAAUCUGUCCGAAUCUUCACAGUGCGACACUUUAACUAGCAAAGGCUCUCUCUCUCUCUCUCCCUCCCCCUCCUCAAUACAUGGAUCCACAUUUCCUCGAAGCACCUGUUUAUUGUUUCAUCUCCUCUUUCAUUUCUCUCCCUGUUGUAUUUGUAGUCGACUCUCACUCUGCCCCGACACCUCCACAUGGUAUAGUAACUGAAUAUUUUUAGGAAUAAAAAAGUAGCCAUAUGGUUAAGCUACUGAACACAGCUGUACUGAAUAUUAUCACACUAAAUGCUAAAAAGCAAUCACAAGUCAUGUAGAGAAAAGAAAACCAUUCGUCUGUGAGCUUCUAUUGCAGCUGUGUUUUUUUUUUUCAUGGCUCGGUUCUGUUCAAAUUGUGGCUGAGAGUGUCUGUCGAGCAUCAAAUUAUCUGACGUUACUGCUGUCUUAAGCUCUGCACAUUUGCGUGCCGUGUUAAAUAUAAAUAGUGUAUGUGUGUGUGCCUUAAGUGUUCAUGGGGACGGUUGUGUACAGUGUGUCUGGUACUGGAUUGUGUAAGUUGGACGUAUGAAGUGACCCCAGUUGUAUAUAAGACAUGUGAAGCUUGGGGAAAUGAUGUUUGAAGGGGGUUCAGGUUGUGGAAGUCUGUUUGGUGCGAUACAGCAUUUGCACUGUUUUGGCUCGUUGUCACAUUAUUGAGGUAAAGCAUUCCAAUAAAAAAAACAACAACAAGGA